AAUAAGUGUAGAAGUUUCAUAAAGAAGAUGGCGAGAAUUCAGUUAGCGUUUAAAGUUUCUGCUCCAGGGAAAGUGAUUCUACACGGAGAACACUCGGUUGUUUAUGGAAAACCUGCAGUUGCUGGCGCAGUUGGUGCACGGAAUUCAUUAAUUUUCAGAGAGCAAAGCCAUGACUCUAUAGACUUAGACUACACAAGCAUCAGCGUUCAGCAUAAGUUUGCGGUGCUAGAAGUGAAUAAAGUGCUUGAACAAUUUAGUGGAAAUGAAAAUAAUUUGGAUUCAUCAGACAAGAUUGAAAGUUUCUUUAAAUGUCUCAUCCCGGAUAAUCUAACAGAUCAGGGUAGGAAAGGGCUGACUUCUACUUUGUAUUUGUUGUGUGGGAUACUGUCACAAAACAAAAUCAAGUCAAUAAGCACAGGAUUCAGCAUUAAAAUCACGUCUGAACUCAGUGUAGGCGCUGGUCUAGGAAGUUCAGCUUCAUUUGGAGUUUGCUUGUCAGCCGCAUUUAUAACUUAUUCGAAGUGCAGAUCUGUAGGCGAUUUGAGUCUAGAUUUAUCACCAGAAGAUAAGAACACAAUAUCAAACUGGGCGUUCGAAUCCGAAAAAAUCAUGCAUGGAACUCCAUCGGGAGUGGAUAACACAGUUUGCACUUUCGGAAGCAUUGUCAAAUUCACCAAACUGAAGCCCAUCGAGCAUGUAGACAUAAAGAGGAAAAUAAACAUUUUAUUAGUCGAUAGUAAAGUUAGUCGAAGCACAAUAAAAUUGGUAAAACAAGUAGCAGAGUUGAAGCAAGAAUUUCCUUCGAUCGUUGAUCACAUGUUGAGCGCAAUGGAGGAAGUUGCCAAUCAUGCUGCCGAUCUGUACGCAUCAGAUUCCGUUGAUAGUAAUUGCAGCUUUGAGAAAUUAAAGAAACUAUUUCAAAUCAACAAUGACCUGCUGAAAGGUAUCGGAGUAUCUCACCCUAAAUUAGAGAACAUAUUCAGUAUAGCGCUAGCCAAUGGAUAUUCAAGCAAAAUCACUGGAGCUGGAGGAGGUGGUUACGCACUGAUUUUAUUGCCAGAUUCUUAUAAAGAAAUGGAGUCAUUCAAAACGCUUUGCUCGGAUUUGGAAAAUGCUGGGUUUUCAUAUCUAGAGACGAAUGUCGGCGGACCAGGAGUUGUUGUUGAACGAGUGUAACACACUUUUAUCUGUUAGAAUUCAAAUUAUUUAACAAUAGACAAUUUUAUAAACUA